AUGGCGCGCACGAGCAAAGCGUUAUCAUCCCCAGAUCCUGAUAGCGACGGUCCGCAUGGUGCCUCUUCCUAUCAAACUAGAAAGAGUCGUAGCUCCAGUAUUCAACAGGUCUUUUCCUCACUAUCUCCUGCCAGUUCAGUUUCUGAAAGAGAAAAUCUCAAUUUACGAUCAAAAGAAAAACAGAAGCAAUGUGUUAUGAAAUCUCGAAAUGCUCUUAUCUCCGGCGAUCGAGGAUCAAAAAUAAAUAUAGCCGAUCAGGAAUUUAGAAACAGUCAAACAUCUCGAAGGCGCUCAAUAGAAAACGAGAAUAAUUCAGAUGAGAAUUAUGAUCCAGACCAGAAUAUCGAAGAGAGGCGAAAGGUGCGAAAAGGACUUAGGGACCUAAAUAGGAUCUUAGUCGAGCGUCGUAAUGAAUACCUCAACCCAAGCUCAACGGGACUUGAGGAUACAAUUACUCAAGCAAAUACUUUAUCCCGUCAAGUAAAGCAGACAUCAGACGCUACCAUCGACUCAAAUUUACUCGUCACUGCAGCAGAUAUCACCUACAAAAGGACGAUCGCUAUUAUCUCUGGAGAGACUGGCCAAGGAAUGGACCUCGAUGAUUUUAUUAACAAGUGCAAAGCGUAUAUAAGACUAGGCGAAGGAAGUGCUCCCACGCAAGGUCAAAAAAAUCAGGGAUUAAACUCAGAAAUAGGGGCGGAAGUUGAGGACGAAGAGAGCGAUGAAGUACUAAAUUGGGAAUACUUAGGAAGAAAUGCUUGUGCUCCAUAUACUGGUAGACCAUGUGUGCCUGGCUUCCUACUGGGCCCUCUUUCAACCGAAAAGAAAGCCAAACGUUCUAUAGUUCGAAAAGCAGCUCUCAGAAUUGGCUCUAUGGUAGAGUCAAGGCCUGAAAUAUUGCGUAGGGAAGAUAUAGUGCGAGACGAAGAUUUGAAUCUCUCAAAUGUAUGCCAGAAAAUAACAAAGAGGCUAGAAAAAAUUCGUGGUGACGCUAUGUCUGCAGUUGAACUUGAGACAAAGGAGGAUAUGACAGAAGAGGAAGCCGACUCACUUCUCGAUAAAUACGAUCUAUCUAGAGAUGCAGGAAUUUCAUUCUUCAAAUUUGUCAUUAAUCCGUACUCAUUCGGGCAGACUGUCGAAAACCUAUUUUACGUUAGCUUCCUUAUUCGGGAUGGAAAAAUGGCCGUAACUAUGGACGAGCGAGGAAUGCCCUAUCUAGAAUUACGAGAUGACGAAGGAAACGGCAACGUAAAUGGUACUGCAACUAAACAUCAAGCUGUCUUGUCGCUUGAUAUGGCUAGUUGGAAGGAAAUGAUCCAACUGUUUGACAUCAAAGAUCCCAUGAUUUUGCACAGAAAUGAGCCAGAGUCAAGGACAUUAAACAAAAAGGGCUGGUAUGCUUGA